GGCGCCCGGCGCGCACUCGCGUCGCGACCUCCGCCUCCGCACGACAUGGCGCACUCGCGCUGACUGCACAAGACUAACGUGACUGUGUGUUGUGACUCCUACAAUAUUCACUAUCGGAUAAGUGAACUAGCAGCCCGGGAACCUCCAGCGAUGGCUCGGCGGUGCGGCGCGAGCGCGGCGCGGCCCGCGACCCUGCUCGCAGUCCUCAGUCUCCUCGGCUUGUGCUGUGCCAGUCCAAUCCCAGAGGCCAAUGUGACCAGUUCUGAGGGGCUACAAGAAGGCAGCUGCGCGCUGGGCGACGUGGUGUACAUGUCGGGCGACUCGUUCCCGGGAGCAGACCCGUGCGAGACCUGCGCCUGCGCCGGCGGCGACGUCACCUGCGAGCGGGAGACCUGCGCGCCGCGCCCCGGUUGCAAGGCCGUGCACCGCCCUGACCACUGCUGUCCGACUUACCAAUGCGAAUGCGAGCAAGAGGGCCGCGUGUACGGCAACGGCGAGAAGCUGGUGGACCCGGCGGACCCGUGCCGAGUGUGCUACUGCCAGGGCGGGGAGGUGGUGUGCCGCCGCAUCGCGUGCUUCUUGCGGGACGACUGCCGCCCGCGCCUCGUGCCCGGCCGCUGCUGCCCCGAGUACGACAACUGCCCGCUCAGAGGUGUGUCAGCGAAACCUGGUGCCGUCCCAUCUGGUAAUGUGCCAAUAGAAGAUGUCGGCACCACGCUCGCCCCGGCCGCAGCCCCGGAGAAGGUGAAGCAGGAGAUCACCAUCAAGGAGAUCACGCCCGUGUCGGAGAUCCCCGUCAUCACUGAAGUCAAGAUUAAAGAAAUUAUUCCCUCCCCAAGCGUUGAGGUCGUUGAAUAUCCUUCGUCUUCAAAAUCUCCGCUCAUUCCACGAGAAGCCACCACAGAUAAACCCCUCAGCACUGAAGUGGGAUCACAAACUGAAGCACCUGUUAUUUUUGACAGUGCAGCGUCUUCUACACACGUGUCUGUUAUAUCCACAGCUCAGCCUGAAACUGACGACAAGCCCAAUAAUGGUAUUACAAUAAUGAGACCUAUUGAAGACUUGUAUCCGUCUAAAAUAAGUCUGUCGACCCAAGAUGGAACCAGUAGUGACAUUUAUCCGUCUAACAGUCCGAGCGUGGCGUCCACCACCUAUUCCCCGACGAGCACUGCAGCCAGCGUCACGACCAAAGCUCCGGUAGUUGAAGAGGAAGAGCCAUCGAUCUUCGAUCACAACCCAGCCUUCCCUCCGAUCCCGGAUGACUUGUCUGUCCUUAGGAAUCACGAGGAGGACAUAACUCCUGAACAAAAUAUGGACACAGACCAUAACGAGCAUGUGAUCGGCCUGGUGUCCAGCGCGGUGCCGGCUACGGAUGCUGUUGUUGUCAAGGACGACACGACUACUGCGGUUAGUUCUGCCACAAACGUUGAAGAACGGGCAAUCAUGUCUUCAACUCCAGCGGAGACUGCACCGGAAAAAUCCGAAACUAUGACUGAAAUACAGACAUCAACUGGGAAGUCAGAAACUACUACAGAAACGCCGAAAACCCCAGAACCUAUUAUCAUUGAACCAGAAGCUACCUCGUCCAGAGCAGCGGGAACCACCGACCAGCAGGCGCAGGAGACUAAGUCUAGUCCGAUGUUGAACCUAAGGUCCGCUAUACCCACUGAUAUCCUGAGUGUGCCUUCUUCAGGUCCUGAUGAUAUUACUGGAGAAUUAGAUGAAAUUGAUGAAAAUACUACUCCAUCUCCAGUAGUCACAUCAUCACCUAUUAUCACUACAACCCAUGAACCUAUUAAAGAUGAAGAGAAGACGAAUAAAAAGGUGGAAACUGUUAAUGUUGUCAAAACGGAUCCUGAACCAACAAGCACCAAUGCUCCUGCUACAGAAACUUCUACAGCUAAAUUAGUGAACGAAGUAUCUGCCACACAAGUUUCUGAGGAAUCUACAACAAGUUACGACGUCGCUAAGUCCAACAUUGCCACAGAAGUAACUUCACAAACAGAAUUGAGCUCAUUUCCAGUAGAGACUAGUGAUCAAAAUCCACCGGGUACGGCCGACAGUGAAAAGGAUAAAGCCGAAUCAACCGAAGAGGCUCUCACGCUCGCACCUACAUCUAUUAAAAUGAUUCCUACUGAGGCUGAACCUAUAACGAUAUCGAGAAGUCCAAGCUCGGAAAAACAAGACAACGUGGAGACCACGGAGUUCUUACUGACUCCCAUGGGGUCAUCCGAGACUUCUACAGACGCUGUUGAAGUAAUUCAAAUUUCCAAUGAAUCAAGUCAAAAGAGCGCAGCUAUUAUUGAUCCAUCUCAUUCCAAUAAAAACAGUGUGUUGACAGAUCUCAUUAACCUGGUCGGCGACGUGGCGUCCAUGAGCGACCACUCGGACGAGCCCCCCGCCCGGCGCGCCCCCGCCGCCGCCGGCAUCUCGGAAUCAGAAGAACUGAUCCCUGUAAAUGCCGUAUACAAAAGUAGGAACAAUAACAUCAACAUCAACUCUAUUACCGAAGUCCCCAUGAAGAGUAAAAACCCAACGAAGUCGAAGGUGUCGGAGAUCGAGGACGAGGAGGCGGAGAGCAUCACGGACCCGGCGGCGCCGAGCCGCGCCGAGCCCACCACGCGCCGCCCGCUCAUCGACCGCGUGUCCGCCGACGACAGGCAGAACAACCACACCUCCGGGAAAGAUAUCGAGAUCAUAACGAAGUCAUACGUGCCGACCAUCGCGCGGCGACCCACCAAGGUCGUCAUGAAGAAGAACAGCGACCCAGCGGCGACCGAGGUGGCGCCGGCACCGGCGGCCUCCGCGGAGACCGCCACGGACGAGGCGCCGAGCUCGCAGGAGACCAGCGCGCCGCCCGCCGCCUCCACGGCAGCGCCUGACGCGACCACGCCGGCGUCCUCCCCCGCCCCCGCGCCCUCCACGCCCGCCCCGGCGCCCGCCACCACAGAGCAGGGGCCCGCCCCCGCGGCCCCCACCGCCCCCGCCGGCCCCGCCAGCACCUCGCCGCAGUGAAGCGCCACUGCGCCUCACAUCGAUGGAACCUCAACCGAUAGCAUUUUGUAGAGUAUGUAAGUUUCGUUCUUGAAACUGUAAUUUAAGAUAUAGUAGAGACUAUUAGCAUAACGAUACCCAUACCCUGUCGGAAGACUUAGCUUAUUAUUGUCAAUUCCCAUCCCGCGAUAGGGUUCAGAAGCCUCUCGUAGCGGCUCAUAGAGUGUAAGUAGACGUCAGUCGCCUGCAUGUUAACAGGACAAAUUAUUUAUAAUAGAUGUACGAGUGAGUAGUUGGCGUCAGGACGCUAUGUGUCAAAUUAAUGAACGUGAUGUUUAGUCUGUAGCUCUUCAUGUUAGUGGUUAAGUUAUUUAUUUGUUUAGUGAGAGUUGUGGUUGAGUGCUCGAUGCAAGCAACCAAGCUAGUCAACCCGUGACACCAGCCGCGGGCGCCGCCUCGCGCGGCAGCCGCGGCACGUUGCCAUUACUACUACUAGGCUGUAUUGACGAGAACAUGACAAAAGCGACGCAGAUUUUUCGUUAGCUUUAGUUCCUUUAGAUGCAGAUAAGAAUAAACAUGUAUCAACUAAUAUAGAAGCAAGCCAAGCUUUGCUGCAACAUUUGGUACAAAUCGAAUUUGAUAGUUUGGGAUCCGUUUUAGCAUGAUGAGCAUGAUGGCCUGAAGACGCACAGAUGCCGCACCAGUGGCGGAGCGAGCGAGGAGAGGAUGGCUCAAAUAUAUUGUAAUUAUUUAUAUGUGUGAGUGCGUGCGGCCCCGGCCCCGCGUGCCCCCGUGCCCCCGCGUGCCCCCGCGUGCGCCCGUGCCCCCGGGGGGCGCCGCUGCAUCUUGUUCCGGAAGACGAGACAUACUUUUCCCGAACAAGAAGCGCGUCGUGCUCAUUCCAUUGUAUUAUUAUUAUUUAAUUAAAUGAAAUAUUGUUUUUCUUUUUUUACAAAUAAAAGAAACCUGACUGAAA